GUAAGCUUUAACUCGUAAACGCAAGAUAAUAAACAGUAGUAUUAAUUAAAAUAAACCAUGGAGUACGAAAGUGUGCUAAUUGUUAAGCCCGAGGUAUUCAUAUACAAAAUACCGCCUCGCGCCAGCAACAGAGGAUACAGAGCAGCGGACUGGAACCUCAAAGAGCCAACCUGGACCGGCCGGAUGCGUCUGGUGGCGAAGGGAACCGCAUGCAUCCUCAAGCUGGAGGAUAAGACGAGCGGCGCCCUGUUUGCCAAUUGCCCCAUCGAUACAUAUCCCGGCGUGGCCAUCGAAGCCGUCUCGGACAGUUCACGGUACUUUGUCAUACGCGUACAGGACGACAACGGACGAUCGGCGUUUCUGGGACUCGGCUUUGGAGAUCGCUCCGAUUCGUUUGACCUGAAUGUGGCGUUACAGGAUCACUUCAAGUGGGUGAAGAAUCAGGAGCAAAUCGAAAAGGAGAAAACCGAACCGAAGCAAGAGCUCGACUUGGGCUUCAAGGAGGGUGAAACCAUUAAAAUUAACAUGCGCAUUACGAAAAAGGAUGGCUCCGAAGGCACCUCGCGUACCGGCAAAGGAAAAGGUACCGGCGGGGUUCUACCACCGCCGCCUGGUGGCCUGGGUAAAAUUGCACCACCACCGGCGGCACCGGCUACAGCGACGUUGCGACAAAGUCCAGGUGCCUCGCCAGCUCACAGGACUAGCGGAGGCAGCGGCACCGGCACGGAGUGGACCGACUACACAUCCGCCGGGGGCAAUCAAGGCCAACAGAAUACGGCAAAUGCCAACUGGGUGCAGUUUUAGGCUGCCAUCUGCGCAACGGUUACGCACUGCUUUGUGUUAAGGAACUUGACACACACACACACACACACACGCAUACUAAACACCAAACCUUAUGCUCGCUAUUAAAUUGGACAACAAAACAAGAUCAGAGAACGACCAACACUAGAAACACACAUACACACAAUUAUAUAGAUAUAUAUAUGUAUA